GCUCGCUACCUGCUUCUCUACUAUCUGCCCGUCCACAUUUCCCUUUUGUUCUGCCCCCCUCACCCCCUAUCUCAGCUAUAGCGAUGGUCGAUAACAAUCCCGACGCCGAAGGUCGACAGAGCCCAAACUCCUCCCAGGAUUCGGUGCAGCCUCAGAUGACCAUGCAUCCCGUUACGUACUCCAGCAUGCCCAUGCACAUGUACCCGUUCCCGCCCGGUAGCAUGCCUAGCCAACCGGCGCGUACGAAGCGCAGGCAGGUCAAGAAUGCGUGUACUAACUGCCAGAAGGCGUGCAAGAAGUGUGACGACGCACGCCCAUGUCUGCGCUGCGUCAAGUACGGUAUCGCCGAAGAAUGCAUCGACUCGCAGAGGAAGGAGCGCCAGAAGGGGAUCAAGCGUGGUCCUUACAAGAAGCGCGAUGGAAAGGCCAGCGGUUCAGAGCAGCUCGACAAUAGCAGCCCGCAGCCGGGCGCGAUGAUGCCGCCCCCCGUCGCCCAGCCCAGCGCUCCCUCGCCGAUCCCCUACAUCACGCCGUACCCGCCCUUUUUCGGCCAGUACGCCCCGACACACAUGCCGAAGGCUGGCGAGGCCCCCGUCUACGUGCCGCAGCUCUUCUACGCGCCGAUGCCGGCUCCGCAGCCGAUGCCGCCCCCGGGACACGUCGGACAAGACGGCGAGCCUGCCCCAGCGUAUGCGCCACCGUCGUUCUACCCCGUGUAUCCGGCGCCGUACCCUCCGCAGGCGUAUGCGGGAGCGUACAUGAUGCACGCGCCGCGUCCUGAUGGGGCGAUGCAUCAUCAUCCCCACCACUACGCGCCGUACCCGCAGAUGUAUCCGAAGCCGCCCUCGCGCAACUCCGAAGUUGCGGGGCAGGUCGCGGACGGCAGGAGGGAUCCGCGUCUCGAGCCCGGCAGGGUGAUUGACGGCGGUCAUGGUCAUCAUGGCAAGUAGUGCCAAGGAAGGAAGCUUGUCAUCUCGACACGGACCCGGUGGAUUUAUUGGUACUAUAUCUCUGAUGGUCUUGGCAGCGGUUCUGUGAAUGUGCUGGUGCUUGUAUAUCUUGUUCUCAUAUAUGCUAUCUAUCUCCUGCUUGUGUACGUGCUGCUUUCGUUGCUCGUUCCUGUUCUGCCCGAGGAUGUAGUAUAUAUCUAUUGUUUGUGCUGUACAAUAUACUGGCGUGGUUGAUCUUGG